GCCGGAUGCGAGUUUCACUUUGAUAUCUUACCUUACGUGUUUAUUGGACUAUAAUUACAUUCCCAUAAAUUAAACUUUCUCUUAUAUAAGAUCACAAAUGACAUAAUCAUCACAUUUCAUACCAACAUUUUUUCUUUGAUUUUUGUGUUAUAAAUUGAAUAAUCAGAUUCAACAAUCACAAUAACAAAAAAUGGCACAAGUAAAGAACAAGCAAGUGCUUCUGAAACACUAUGUGUCUGGUUUUCCUAAAGAAUCAGACCUCAACAUUGUUGAUAGUACUAUAAAUCUUAAGCUUCCAGAAGGUUCCAAUGAUACUGUAUUGGUUAAAAAUCUUUACUUGUCUUGUGAUCCUUACAUGAGGACUCUUAUGAGUGACCCAAAAGCUUCUAUCAAUCCACGUGCCUAUGUUCCUCAAUCUCCGUUAACUGGUUAUGGUGUGUCUAAAGUUGUGGAAUCUGGACACAAAGAUUAUAAGGAAGGUGAUAUAGUGUGGGGGAUAACUAAUUGGGAAGAGUACAGCUUGAUCCCUGCGGCACAAAUACAUUUCAAAAUUGAGCAUACUGAUGUUCCUCUUUCCUACUAUACUGGAAUUCUAGGUAUGCCAGGAAUGACUGCUUAUGCUGGUUUCUUUGAAGUAGGCGCUACCAAGAAAGGAGAGAAUGUUUUUGUUUCAGCUGCCUCUGGUGCAGUUGGUCAACUUGUUGGCCAAUUCGCUAAAUUGCAUGGUUGCUACGUCGUUGGAAGUGCUGGAAGUAAAGAGAAGGUGGAUCUGUUGAAGAAUAAAUUUGGAUACGAUGAAGCCAUUAACUACAAAGAAGAGCAAGACCUCAAUGCAACAUUGAAAAGGCACUUUCCAGAAGGCAUUGAUGUUUACUUUGAGAACGUCGGUGGCAAGACACUUGAUGCCGUACUCUUGAACAUGAGAUUACAAGGUCGCAUACCUGUGUGUGGAAUGAUCUCACAGUACAAUCUUACUCAACCUGAAGGUGUGACAAAUUUGGCACAUAUCGUAUAUAAGCGGGUCCGUUUGCAAGGUUUUAUUGUAGCUGAUUACUAUCAUCUAUACGGAAAAUUCUUGGAGUUUGUCCUGCCUCAUAUCAGAGAAGGGAAGGUUGUGUAUGUAGAAGACAUAGCUGAGGGUCUUGAGAAAGGCCCUGAAGCCUUGGUUGGCAUAUUUAGUGGCAAAAAUGUUGGCAAACAAGUGCUUGUUGUUGCUCGUGAAUGAAUGCCGAUGCUUUCAUUUGAUUGUGUAUUGAAUAACAAGCCCUCUUUGUAUGGCCUUCUGUAUUAAUCUUUCUUCACUAUAGUCUUGAUUGUAAUUGCUUAUUUCAGUGACAUCUAAGGAUAAAUAAAAUCUCUUUUAUAUGCUUCUUCA